AUGUUCAAUGGAGAAGAAGAAACAUCUCAGCUACCGUGCGAAAACGAAGAUUCAGAUACCGAAUGGUUUGAUGCAGAAGGUUCUUACGAGUUCGAAUGUCCGCCAAAUGAGCAUAACCCGUCUGUCAAUGCGGAGGAAGCUGCGCGAUUGGAAGGAUUAGAUAAAUUUACAGGAAACUCAGUAAUUCCUGAGGACAAUUCUUCCAACUGUUCCAACCCCUUGUUCGAUAUGAAGAAUGAUUCGCCAUUGGAAGUUGAACCUGAGACUGCAAAGGAUAUGGGAGCACACGUGAAAAUUCCGAAUGUGUCAGAUUCACAGAAGAAGGAAAAUGGAGAAGUUGAAACUAAAAAAUCCAGAAAAGACGAGAAAGUUGCAAAUAAGAAUGAAAAGCAAGUGAGCACUCAAGAAGAUGAUCAAUCUUCAAACCAAGAAUCAGAAGACCAUGAAUUCAACGAAAUUAUGAAUCUUCUUGUCAAGCUGAAGGGAGCGAAUGUGCCGAAGAAACAUUCAAACACCAAGCUUCGAGACUAUUCGGGAAUGACAAUUCCUGAAGGAGCAGUGGUAAGAGAUUGGAAGACGUCACCACUUCAAGUGGAUGGUAGAAUUUACGUCUCCAAUUACGCUUGCUUGUCUGAGAAAGAAAUGAAGAUGAAUUACAAUUACUUUAUACUUGAUGGGUAUCGAUUGGAAGCAUUCAAGAAAGUUACUGGACAAACUAUUUCUGGAGAAAACUUCAUGACUUUGAGCGACUUUACGUGUUCUACUGGCAACGAACAGUUCACUAUUCGAACAUUUGCAUCAGUUACCGAAAAGGACGGAGAUGACGAAACGUAUUAUGUGUUUCUUGACGAUGCAUUGCAGACCAUAUCUCUUUCAUUACAAAUGCAACAACAGGAACAAACCAAACUUAUUGAAGUUUUACAUCUUCUGGUGGCUCCUCGAGCAGCAGACAAUCAUUUCUCAAAGACAAUAACUCUUGCUCAAUUCAAAAGUCUAUUGGGUGCACUUGAUAUUGACAAAGGGAAUAUUACGAUUGUUCCUGAUUUGAUAUACGAGCAUACCAGCAAGGCAACAACAGUUGAAUUCUUCAAUCCGAUCAACACAUUGAAUCCAAAAGGAACCGAAGUAAUGAGUGGAUCUCAAGCAAUGUUAUACACUCUUCAAUCUGUGAUUUGUGGAAUUAACUGGACUAGCGUUGCAAUUCUAAAUAGUACUGCGGCGGUUGAUGAGUUUAAGAAACCAUUUUUUGAGAUUAUGGAUCAUUAUGCGGAAAUGAACAGAACAUUCAUGGUUUUAAAAAAACUCGUUGACAAGAACAUAGCAGAUCUUAAAAAGCAUAGACUGUAUGUGAGCAUCAAAAAGACAAAUCAAAAUUAUCUAUGGGCUAAUUACGACGUCUACAAGAAGAUGCAGUAUAAUGAUUAUCAGAAGAAUAUUCAUGAAUUCCAACUUCCCAAUUAUAUUGGAAGAGUUCGGAAAGUUCCAGUAUGGGAGGGAAGAGUUCACUUUGUUCUCGGAUGGAUCAGUAGUUUUUAUCAUCAAAAAAUGGGUACUCAUAAAGAGUUUCUGAUGAAAGCACUUGCUCACAAGAUUCCAAAUGAAAUGAGGAAGCAUCAAGGAAAACUUUUGCAAAAAAUAGUGGACUCAUGGACACCUGGAAAUGAGUUGGAAAUUGAUAGAAAAAGUUUGAAAGAAGUGGAAAUGAAGGUAGAAGUUAAGGCGAAAAUGUCGGAAGAUGUUGCUCCCCAGAAACCAAAAAAAGAUGAAGAGACUCCCAAGAAACCUAAAAUUCAAGAAAAUCUACAGGAGCUACAAGAAGCAGCCGUGGAAGCGCCUCCUGCGCCGGAAGCAUCUAAAACUCCUAAAAACCCACCGAAACGUGUUGAUUGUGACAAGUGUUUCCGAACUAUGACUCAUUGUAAAGAAGCUCAAGAAGCUCAAAAAGCAGCGGAAAAGAAAGCAGAGCAGUACGAGAAAAAGGCGAAAAGAACGGAAAAAUUGGAAGGUGAUGUGAAGAAAAUGAAGAAGGAAAUGGAGGAAUUUAAGGAAAAAGAAGAGAAAUCGAGUGAAGAAAAUGAGAAAUUGAAGAAGGAACUAUUGGAAUGUCAGGAGAGAAUGAAGAAGAUGGAAGUGGAUAACUCGAAGUUCCAGGCAAGAUUGGAGGAAAAAAAACAGAACAAUGAGAGGAUGGAAUUGGAAAUGGGAUUCUUGAAGAAAGUCAUAGAUGAUACUGUAUUGGAGUCAACAUUGAGACAGAAUCACUUGGAAGAGGAUUUGGGAAGAAGGGAUCGGACUAUUCUCCAACUUCGUGAGACUCUAUCUAGUCGUCUUGCCAACAACAAUGGAACUUCGGACUCCGAUGAGCCAUCAACAUCCAGUUCUGAUACGGACAACUGGGAAGAAAUGCUAUUGGCAUUCAAAACAAUUAAGGAAAACUUCCCGAGGGAUGAGUUGAUAGCUGAGGCCAAGAUUAUGGCGGAUAAACUGAUGGAGGUAUCCAAGAAGCCGGAAAUCAAACAACUGGCAGAGUAUGAGAUGUUCCGGUUGAAAGCUUCGAUUCGGAUUUAUUUGGAGUCAAUUGAGAUCAACCUAUUUAAAAUUGAGAAGACACACGACACCUCUGAUCUCGUCUCACUGCCACCAUGCCCCCGUCUCUCGUCAAAGUUUCUGACGGAAUACUGUCAGGAGAUGGACAAACAACCUCCUCCCACAACAGAAGCUCCAAUGGUUCCGGAAACCGGCAUCGACCCGAAAACUCAUUGCUACAUUUGCCACGACGAACUCAGCGGGAAGCUCUACAACUGCAAAGGGUGUAACCAGAAAACCCAUGCUGGGUGUAGCGCCAGAUGGCUUCUGUACGGAAAGACGUGUGGUUAUUGUCGGCGGGAGAUGCUUCCACCGAAGACGGGAGCGAAGAAUUAA